AUUAAAGUCAUGUGAUAAAAAGUGAAAUGAACAUAUACAGAGAUUUGGUAAACUUGAAGCGUAGGUUUUACAGUUUCUCAAGCAGGCUGUCAAAGUCUCGUAUUCUGCACAUGGAAACCUCGCUAAUGUAGCGUUAACCUGCAGACUUUUUUGUGUGGAGCACCAUUCAAAUCAUGUCCUCCUCCAGCACUCAACAGCCCCACGUUGACCAGCCCAACAACCUUAGCAUGGACUACUUCUCUUUGGGCUUCCGUGUGCAGCUUAUUGGUCUGGGCUUUGCCUUCUACACAGCAGUGUUUCUCCUCUCCCACGUCCUCUCUUUAGCCCUCUCUCAAACGUACCGCUCUCUGCUAGCUAAAGAGAAGGUCUUCUGGAACCUAGCCGCCACUAGAGCCUUGUUUGGCAUCCAGAGUACGAUAGCUGGGCUUCGGGCGUUGACUGAGGACUCAGCUGUGUCCAGAGAGAGGAUUAGGGGUCAGGAGAAUUGGUCAUGGUUCAAUGUGCUCACCGCCACUGGCUUCUUCGUGUUUGAGAAUGUGGCGUUGCAUGCCUCCAGUGUGGUGUUCAGGUCCUUUGACCUCCCCCUGGCUGUGCAUCAUUUCUUCGCCCUCUCGGGGUUUGUCGGGGCGGUGGUGUGGGACUCCCUUGGGCACUACCUUCCCAUGGUCACUCUGUUGUUGGAGAUGAGCACUCCGUUCACCUGUGUAUCCUGGAUGCUACUUAAGGCGGGUUGGGCCCAGAGCUACUUUUGGAAGGCCAACCAGUGGGUGAUGAUCCACAUGUUCCACUGCAGGAUGGUGCUGACCUACUACAUGUGGUGGGUAACCUGGUGCCAGUGGGAGGAGUUCAACCUCUAUGUGGCCCUGCCCCAGCGCCUGCUCUUCCUCACUGGCCUGGCCCUCAUCACGGUCCUCAUCAACCCCAUAUGGACCCACAAGAAGACCAUGCAACUCCUCAACCCUGUGGACUGGAAUUUCAGCAACAAGCCAGCACCCCCAAAUGGCCCCACAAUGGACCAAGCCAAACCCCACACUAACUGAGAGAACUUGGGACAUAGGAGUGUUCUAAAAGGGGUUACAUUUCGUCUUUAUACUUUUAAAGGUUAUGGAAGGUUAAUUUAGAAACUAUUAAGUAUCUGAAGGUGGAAAAUGAACGGAACUACUUUUUAGGCAUGUGUGUUUUUCAGAGUAUGUGAAUGUUACGAGACUGAAAGUGUGGACAAUGCCUUACAGUAAAAAAUAAUCAAAAGCAUUCAUUUACACAGUCAAAUGUCUUAGUUUUGGGUGGUAAAAAAAGUGGACCCAAGGCUUUAGUUGGUUUACAGCUUUUGCUUAAGGUUUAUCGUAUUGUUUUGGAGGUCAAAUUUGUUAACUAAAGGAGGUGUUAGCCGUACUUUUGUGGCAGAGGGUGUUAACCGAGCAGAAGUGUUUGUGGUAUGAAUGUGCACUAGUGUGCUUGGUCAUCAUUCACAAUACAGCCAACACAGGAUUCCUUUAGCUCAGCACACAAUUCUCAUAAUGCUCACACAAUUCAAGAUUCAGCAAAUGAAGAAAUUCUUAACACAUUUUUAAAUGCUAUUUUAUGCAUACUUUUUGCCUAAGAAUAUGCUAUGCUUUUGUUAAAUCGCCUAUUUUAAUGUUCUUGUCAAGGUUCCACUGCUUUGGUGAUUCGUUCCUCAUCGCAGAUAAUUUCGUACUGAUUCAGAGUAGUCCAUUUCUGUCAGGGGCCAUGUCAUGUGAUGAAUGGAGGUCACGGGAGUGGAGAGAAGCACUGCUUUCCUCAGUCACCAAAGAUAAAUUACUAGGCUAAUAACUAGCACCACGUCCCAGGGUGAAUCCAUACUUUAAACUAAUCAUUGUUUCUGAAGACUUUAUGGGGUCUCAUACAUUGAACUAUCACUUCCUCCACAAAGCUGCCUAAGUGGACAAUUGCAUCAGUUGUUUCAUGUGUCCCGUGGUUUAGUGAUAUAACUUUAUUUUGUAGAGCGAGUGCAUCAACAAUUUAUUUUGUUUUUUUUCUCAUUGAAAUUCUAUCAAAUGAAAGCCCAUGCAAUUGUGUAAGCCAUGUCAAUAUUGUCUUUCCUUUCAAACAAGUUAAAGUACAAUAUUUUGAGAGUUUUCACUGUUGAAUUAACUAUUCUCUCCUCAUUUGGAUACUGUUGAUGUUACAUAAUUGUUGUUUCAUACCAGAUGCUUCUCAGAAACCAUAAGACUACUUAUUUUUUGUUUUUUAAGAGGUAACUUUGUUAAUUUAUACCAUGACAACCAUUUCACAUAGAUAAUGUGUGUACUGACAAUUGCAGUGUUAACAUCCAUUGUUGUAUUAGGACUGAUAUUUUAAAGGCUGUAGAUUUUUAUCACCUACAUGAGUAAUCAGUCUUUUAUUAGGUGUUUGGUCAAUAAUUAUCAUAAUUAAUGUUAACAGUCAGAAUAUAAUUUCCCUGAAUUUAAUGAGACCCCACCAAGCCACAGACACACUUGUACAGAGUUUGUACUUGAGCUUCUAUUAAAAACAGUUACAU